CAGAUGCCUGUGCCUACAGAAGUCGCGUCCAGCGUGACACCCGAGCCUGAGCCGCCUAGGAAAAGACAGAGAACUCUGUAUGAGGCAAGCACACAGUACAAGAACUGGAGAUUCUCCAAGCAGCAGUUGUCCAGCAUACGCACUUCCCUCAAUGAAGCUGCAGUGGCAGCUAUACGCGAUACCUUCGAAGCUGAUUCGCCGGGAUCUUCCUCAGAUGUCUCCUUCCUGAACGCAGAUGAAGAACGUCUCCUUGUCAAGUUCUAUGCGUCCAAGAUACCCCAACUAUGUGGCGCUUGCGGAUUCCCAGAGGAGGUCGAAGCAACAGCAGUCAGCUAUCUCAAAAGGUUCUACCUGAAAAAUACCGUGAUGGACUGGCACCCUAAGAACGUCAUGUUGACUGCACUCUUCCUUGCUACAAAGACGGCAAACCAGCCGAUUCCAAUAGACGCCUACGUUUCUCGGAUACCCAAAACAUCUCCUUCCGAUAUAUUGGACCUGGAAUUUCUAGUCGCGCAAAGCCUUGGCUUUGAGUUCACCGUCUGGCAUCCACACAGAGCACUCUGGGGUGUAUGGCUGGACAUACAGAGUCUCCCGGAUCACCCGAAAGAGGAUAUCGAAGAGGUCUACAAAACGGCCAAGACCCAUGUCCGAGCGUCACGACUUACGGACGCUGAACUAAUAUAUACGCCGUCCCAAAUUGCGCUGGCUGCAUUCUCUUUGGCGUCGCCCAAUCUCGCUUCCCUAUGGGCUCACUCGAAGGACUCUAGUAAUGUCUUGCAAGUAAUUGAACCUCUCAAACAGAUGAUCCUGCAGGACAGUCAUCCGCCAGACGUGGAGGCCGUCCGAGAUGUGGACAGGAGGCUUAAGCUAUGCAAGAACCCGGAGAAGGUUAUAGGCAGCAAAGCCUAUCUGGCUCGCAAGGCUCAAGAAGAGAAGACCGCUGCUGAGAAGAGGGCGAAAAAGGCCGAGGAGAUUCGGAAGGCUAUGGAGGAGAACGACCCCUUUGGGGAACACAUCGCGGACGAGAAAAAGCUGGACGAGGCUGUGAAUGAAGCCUUGGAGGACGAUGAUUGAUCGUGUCCCCCACUUACAUCGGGCAGAUCGGCGAUGGAGGUUCCGUUCACGGGCUCAUCGACACCGAUGUGCUGUCGACUGUAUACCUCUGAGUAGCAUAUUCUCAGGUUAUUUAUUCCGGUCCCAUUCUUAGUGAGCGAAGUCCGUGCUUUCGGUGGCUGACGAGGGUUGCCCAAGCUGCACAGGG